AUGAGGGUAACCACUCUACUUUUCGGCUUGGGCCUUUUGGUCCUCUGCUUUUCGAGCGGUGGCAGCACUUCUCCCUCAACAGGUGGCAGCACCUCUCCCUCAACAGGUGGCAGCACCUCUCCCUCGACAGGUGGCAGCACAAGUCCUUCGACAGGAACCCCCGAUGGUAGCCCCGCUUCCGGAAGUGGUGACAGCAACACCAGCAACAACAACAGCAGCAACAGGAACAACCGCAGGAGGAUGCAGCGUCAGCGUCGUCGUCGCCAGCGUCAGCGGGCACAGCGCAGGAGGAACCGCCGCAACAACAGGAACAACAGAGUCAACAACAACGGUUAA